GCUUCCUCUCCUCCUCCUGGCACAUCACCUCCAAAGGCAUGUUCGCCGGCUCCUGCAUCGGCGUAAUCCUACUCGUCAUCAGCCUCGAAUUCCUGCGCCGCGCCGGCAAAGAAUACGACCGCUUCAUCAUCGCGCAAUACACGCGCUCGCUCGCGCCCUCCCCCCCGUCCGCCGCCUCCUCCGACGCCGGCAACCACGCAAAGAACGGCGCCACGUCCUCCGCCGCCGCUGCCGCAUGCACGCCUGUCGCGACCCAGCGCUUCCGCCCGAACGUGCUGCAGCAGGCUAUCCGCGCGUUGCUGCACAUGCUCCAGUUCGCCGUCGCCUAUUUCAUCAUGCUGCUCGCUAUGUACUACAAUGGCUACAUCAUCAUCUGCAUCUUUAUUGGUGCCUAUCUGGGGUACUUUAUCUUUGGGUGGGAGAGCUUCAAUAUCAGUCAGAAGGGCGGCGAUCGCAUGCAGGAGAAUGUUACUGUGUGCUGCGGUUGAGGAGGGGAGGGCAGGCGAGGUGCGGGUGCGUGCGUGCAGGGCUGGAAUACAUACAAAUUGGACGUUUGCUCGUUCGUUCGUUCUGGCAGCGUUGCGGUUGCGACUAGUGUAGCUGCAGUGCUCGUUAUAACUGCUGGUCGUAGUAAUGGUAAUACGAGGGCGGGAUGUGGAUGGGCGAUGAUCAUUCAUCGCAGACUGCACUGCACCACACCGCACCGCACCAGCUCGACGGAGUAGCAAAAUUGGAGCAAACAAACCAAACUCUCACUGAGUUCCUUCACACAAUCCACAGGUGCGACACAUUGAUGAGAUGGUAGCCAUCCUUCCGUAAAGACUGACUUC